AAUCGCACCAUCGGCCUUCAAGGGCCACCCCCGGCGCCAAGGCUCCCCAGCCAGAGAUCCAGCCCCGCGCUGGCCCUUCAAAAGCCGUCGGUCGCCCGCGGUUCCUGCGGUCCUGCGUUUCCUGCUCGUCUUCCACUUCAUCUCCCCAGCACCUCGUAUUCCUCCUCCUCCCCGCAGCCAUGUGCCAAACCACCGCCAAUCUUGCCUCGGCCAAGCGCGAGGUUCUCCCCGGCAAUGUGACUCCCGUUCACUAUGCCAUCAACAUCACCCCCAACCUCGGCGGCGACUUUGUCUUUGCUGGAUCCGUUGCCAUCAAGGUCAAGGUCAACGAAGCCACCACCUCCAUCGUCACCAACGCCAACGAGCUCGACGUCAAGACCGCCAAGGUCACCGUGGACGGCGUCAGCCAAGAGGCCACCAGCAUCACUUAUGAGAAGGAGCUCGAGCGAGUUACCUUUACCUUUGCCGAUGCCCUCGCUGCCGGCUCCGAGGCCACCCUGGAGCUCGCCUUCACCGGUGUCCACAACGAUAAGCUCGCUGGUUUCUACCGCAGUGCCUACACCGGCGCCGAUGGCAGCAAAAAGCAUCUCGUCGUCACCCAGUUCGAGGCCACCGAUGCCCGCCGGUGCUUCCCUUGCUGGGACGAGCCCAACGUCAAGGCCACCUUCGACGUCAUCCUCAACGUCGAUCUCGCCCUCGUUGCCCUCUCCAACAUGAAUGUCAUCGAGGAGAAGCACAUCCAGGUUGAUGGACGUGAGCUCAAGGCUGUCCACUUUGCCACCACUCCCAUCGUCAGCACCUACCUCGUCGCUUUCGCCGUCGGUGACUUUGAGUUCAUCGAGACCACCUCAUACCCCAAGAAGCCCGAGGGCGCCAAACCCAUCACCGUCCGUGUCUACACUCUGCCUGGCGAGGUUGAGCGCGGCCGCUUCGCCCUUGGCGUUGCUGCCCGCACUCUUGAGUACUUCUCCGAGUACUUCAACGCCCCCUACCCUCUUCCCAAGAUGGACAUGAUCGCCAUUCCCGACUUUGGCGCCGGUGCCAUGGAGAACUGGGGUCUGGUCACCUACAGAACCGUUGCCCUCCUCUUUGACGAGAAGAACUCCUCUGUCCGCGCCAAGCAGCAGAUUGCCUACGUCGUCGGCCACGAGCUUGCCCACCAAUGGUUCGGCAACCUGGUCACCAUGGACUGGUGGAGCGAUCUCUGGCUUAACGAAGGCUUUGCCACCUUUGUUGGCUGGAUGGCUGUCGACAACCUCUUCCCCGAGUGGGAUGUCUGGACCCAGUUCCUCGGCGACUUCACUGCCGCCCAGAACCUGGACGGACUCCGCUCCUCUCACCCCAUCGAGGUCGAGGUCCAAAAGGCCCACGAGAUCAACCAGAUCUUCGAUGCCAUCUCGUACCUCAAGGGUGGAUCGGUCAUUCGCAUGAUCAGCUCGUACCUGGGCAAGGAGACCUUCAUGAACGGCGUCCGCAGCUACCUGCAGGAGUUCAAGUUCCGCAACGCCAGCACCGUCGAUCUGUGGAGACACCUCGGUCUUGCUUCUGGCAAGGAUGUCGAGGGUCUCAUGUACGUCUGGACCCGCAAGAUCGGCUUCCCUAUCGUCACGGUCGAGUCCGAGGUCUUUGAUGCCGAGAAGAACGAGCUCACCAUCACCCUCCGCCAGAACCGCUUCCUGUCCUCGGGCGACGUCAAGGACGAGGAAGACGAGACCCUCUGGACCAUCCCGCUCCUGAUCAUCUCGCACCUGUCCUCGCACCCCUCGGAUCACAUCCUCACCGACCGCCACACCACCGUCACCAUCCCUUACACCCAAGCCGAGGGCUCGUGGUGGAAGCUGAACAGCGGAUCCACCGGCUUCUACCGCACAAGCUUCCAGGAGUCGCAGAUCAAGGCCUUGGCCCACGCCAUCUCCACCAACAUCAACGCCUUCUCGACCACCGACCGUGUCGGCGUCGUCAACGAUGCCUUUGCCCUUGCCAAGGCCGGUUAUGCCAGCACCACCGUCGCUCUUGAGGUCCUGACCGGCUAUGACGCCGAGCAGAACUUUGUCGUCCUCGACGAGAUCCACACCCACCUUGCCGGCCUGCGAAACGCUUUCUACCUCCAGCCCGAGGAUGUUGUCGAUGGCCUCAAGGCUCUGCAGCGCAGCAUCUUCUCUCGCAAGGCCGCCCAAGUCGGUCUGGACUACCCCGCCAGCGAGGACCAUCUCGAUACCAUGAAGCGCAGCCUGGUUGUUGGCGCUGCCGCCCGUGCGGACGAUGCUGUCGUCAUCGCCGAUCUCAAGGAGCGCUUUGCCCGCUUCAUUGCCGGCGACGAGUCGGCCCUGCACCCCAACCUCCGUGGCACCGCCUACGCCGUUGUCCUCUCCAACUCCACCCAGCCCGAGGCCGACCUCGAGGCCAUCCUCAACAUCUACAAGACCGCCCCCGCCCAGGACCAGCGCCUGGUUGCUCUUGGCGCCAUCGGCCAUGUUCCCAAGUUUGAGCUGGUCGACCGCGUCCUUGAGCUCACCCUGGACCAGAACCUGGUGCGCUCGCAGGAUCUGCACUACCCCAUCAUCUCGCUCUGCAGCGGCCCACUCAAGAAGCAAGUCCUCCCGUACGUCUGGGACUGGAUCGUCAAGAACUGGACCACCCUGCACGAGCGCCUGAGCGCCACCAUGUCGCUGAUGGGCCACGUCCUUGCCGCCCCCGUCGGCGCCCAGAUCGGCGACGAGGUUGUCAAGCGCGUCGAGGACUGGGCCAGCGGCGCUGGUCUUCCCGAGGAGGAGCGCAGCCUGCGUGUCGAGCAGGUCAAGGCUGCCUCUAUGAAGCUCAACCAGACCCUGGAGCACGUCCGCAGCAAGACCAAGUGGGUCGAGCGGGACGCCGAGAGCGUCACGGCCUGGGUCAAGCUCCACGUCAAGGCCUAAACACCUUGCUGGGCUCACCUUUCUCCUCAACCUCCAGCCGUUCUCCUCAACCUCCCACCGAUUCCAACUCCUUCCUCUCCGCUCCAGGAACAAAAGCUCUAGUUUUUCCCGACUGACAAAUGCGCACGUUUGUGUGUGGACGCAUCGCUGAUCCUGCGCAGAGAAGCGAAGCGGCAGGAUCUCCAGAUCCACCCCGGCUGUAGUUCCCGAAUACAUUCACCCAGUUAGUUGUCUCUGGAUCGGCUCUCCUCCGGCCUUGUGGUGCACCAAACCAUAGUGCACGGUCCAUGGGAGCAAA